ACUGAAGCUUGCCCUUUGUGGUCUUCAUGUGGGCACCUUGUCUCGAGAGACCAUCCUGGUGCUUAACACAGAGGGGCAUUGGUGGAGUGUGUGUUGCCCAUCCAGGGUCCGGUUGUAAGUUUCAUGGUUUCUUGGAACAUGUUUCUCUCCAUUCUCUGCUUCGGUUCUGACACCCUGUAGCCAGUUGGGUCCAGCUGCAGAGAAGGGGUCAUCAGUGGGGAAGUCAUUAAUUUUAGCCCUAGAGUAAAAGUUCAAAGCAGAAAAGUCCAUGCUACCUCAUGGGAUGAGAAUUUAAGGCUUGUGCUUGCCUCUAAAACAGACUCCUGGGAAGACAAGAGGAGGGCACAGGAGUAGGAUCCCUUGGUGGUAGAACCAUUCUUGUAUGAUCUUUGGGGCCUCUUCACAUUACAGAACCACAGCGUUCCCUGAGCUGUGCCCCCUAGAAACUGCUGUGAGCUUAGAUUCCAGCUCCAGGCAUUAGUGAUGCUGACCUUUUUCUCUUGAUACUGGGAAGAGUCAGCUGUAUUCUGAUUUCCCUCUUGCUUCCGUCUGGAUGUGUUCGUUGUGGAUAAUGGGUGUGUCUGGUGGUGGACAGUGUGUUUUUACUUCACCAGCCUGGGGUUUCACAGUUCUCUUCUCCCUGGUACUAUAGUUUUGCAGAAGGCACACGAAGAGGAGGAGAGCAUCGCUACUUAUUUAACAGCAAACUCAAGGUCUGUCUGUGUUUUCUCUUUGCCCUGUCAGAUGCGUUUCUGUUUCACAGAACAUGGAAUAUUUGCUUUCCUCCUCCUAAAUUACCCUGCUUAAUUGUGGCCUGUCCAUUUACAUGGUGCCUAGGCUGUCUCUUCCCAAUUAAUUACUGGACCAUAGAGUGGGUUCCCUUAUACUCCUCUGCCUCUCCAAGUGCUCUUCUCCUUUCCAGUUAACAUUCACAUACCAAUGGCUAGAUCAUUCAGCUCCCCUGUGUGCUCUUUUUUUUCCCCUCCAAACCAUUCGUAUAGUAUAGACGUACACCUGGCGAAUGUUAGAGGUCUAUUUUAGAAUAUGAUUUGUUAAAGCAGAGACCAGUGGUCAGGUAGAGUAACACUAGAUACGUUUGAUCUUAUUCACAGACUGAAUUUUCAAACAAAGCAAAAUAGAUGAUUUGAUUGAUUUCAAUCAGUAAGUGACAAAGUCAGCUUUACAGACAUUUGAUCCAGAGACCCAUUGCUGUUGAGUCGAUUCCAGCUCAUAGCCACCCUAUAGGACAGCGUAGAACUGCCCCAUAGGGUUUCCAAGGAGCGCCUGGUGGAUAUGAACUGCUGACCUUUUGGUUAGCCGUAGCUCUUAACCACUAUGCCACCAGGGUUUCCUUACAGUCGUUUAGGAAUGGGAAUACAAUUGGUUUUUUGCACAGAGAGGUCCAUGUCAAUAAGGACAUGGAGUUUUUCCAGAGAAUCCAUGAAGAGAUUUGAGUGGUGACCCCCCCCCAAAAAAAAAAAACUGUUGAGAUUUAGUAGUGUGACUUGUUUCAGAUCACACAUUGGUGUGGAUUUUGAGAUGCAGUGCAGUAUGAUGGUCCUUGAGUCGAGAGCCACACAGUCCGGUACAAAAAUAACGAGACCCAGAUAUGUAAUUUUUAAAUUUUUGUCAACCACAUUUUAAAAAGUAAAAAGAAACAGCUGAAAUUAAUUAUAAUAAUGUGUUUUAUGAAGCCAGUAUAUCCAAAAUUGUAUUUCAACAUGUAAUACUAUAAAAAAAUAAUGAGAUAUUUUACGUUUAUAUUUUCGUACUAAGUUUUCAAAACCUGGUACAUAUUCCACUCCUUACAGCAUUUCUGAGUUUGGAUGCUAAAUUCUCAAUGGUUAAAAUGAAAUGUAGUCCUACCAAAAUAAUAAGGUUGUGUUUAAUACAAAAACAUUUUACAUUUAUAUUAGUUUUGUAUUUAGAUUUAUAUUAGUUAAGAUGAAAAUAAAAAUUCUUGGUAACACUAGCCACAUUUUAAGGGAUCAAUAGUCAGUUUCUUGUAAAAUGUAGAUAGUAAUCAUAUCAGUGCUUUGGGGUUUUGAUGAGGAUUGGAUACAUUAAUAUGGUUAAAGCCCUAGAGAAGUGUCUAGCAGUAAAUAAGUCCUCAAGGGGAAAAAAAAAAAAACUAAUUAUGUGAAGAUUUUAAGUAUUCCCCAUAAAUUUUCUAUAAAUCAAGAGCAAAGAAAACAUAGUUAAUUUUGUUGGACACUUAAAAAAUAUAUUUAAAAACCAGGUUUGCAAAUGUCCUAGAGUAGGAAUUCUUUUUUUUUUUUUUUCAGUUGUGCUUUAGGUGAAAGUUUACAGCUCAAGUUAAUUUCUCAUAAGGAAUUAUUAACCUGAAGCAGUUUUUCUCUGUUGUGGGGCUCACCCAUUCAAACCAGUGGUUGUCAAGUCAAUUCAGACUCAUAGCUACCCUGUAGGACAGAGUAUAACUGCCCCAUGGGGUUUCCAAGAAGUGGCUGGUGAAUCCAGACUGCCAGCGUUUUGGUUAGCUGCCGGGCUGUUAACCACAGCACCACCAGGGCUCCAUGUUCAUUGUUACUGGCAAAUAUAUUCCAUUUCUAUAUGUUAUAGUCCCAACAAUAUAUCAUACACAUUUUUUUAUAUAAUUGCCUUUUGAAUCAAUUAAGAGAAGAAAAGAAGAAAUACAUUUAUACGGUAUUUUAUAAUUAUAUAAUUACCUUUGUUUAACACUGCUCUCUGUGUUUUCUGCGGAUUUGAAUUACUGUCUAGGGUCUCUGAGACUUGUAAGUCAGGACUCGUAACAACAAAUCCUCUUAGUUUUUGUUUUAUUUGGAAAUACCUUUACAUUGCCUUCAUUUUUUGAAAGAUAACUUGGUUUACAGGUUUUUUUUUCUUUCUUUGAGCUCUUUGAAUAUGUUCUUUCACUGCCUUCUGGUUUCCAUUGUUUUGAUGAGAAGUCAGCUGUUAAUCUUAUUGGAGUUCCCUUGUAAAUGAAGGGUCAUUUUUUUCAUUGCUGCUUUCAAGGUUUUGUCCUUGUAUUUAGCUUUCUGUAUUUUUUCCUACAUUAUUCGUGGAUCCCUUAGAGUUCAUUGAGCUUCUUGGAUGUGUAGACAGAAGUCUUUCAACAAGUUUGGGAAGUUUUCAGGCAUUAUUUCAUUGACUAUCUUUCUGUUUCUUUCCUCUCCUGUCCUAGUAAUUCUAUUACCCAUAUAUUUGUGUGCUUAGUUGUGUCUCUCAUUUUUGUGAGGCUCUGUUCUUUUUUCUUCAUUCUUUUUUCUCUGCGUUCUUCAGAUUGCAUAAUCUCUAUCAUUUUGUCUUCAAAUUCACUCAUUUUUUUCCUCAGCCAGUUCAAAUCUGCUGAAGCCAUCCAAUGAAUUUUUUAUUUUAGGUAUUGUACUUUUCAACUCCAGAAUUUUCAUUGAGUUCUUAUUUCUCUUUGUUAGUGUUAUUGAUUUGAUGCAACACUGUCAUCAUACUUCUUUUAUCAUGGUUUCCUUUAGUUCUUUAACUCUAUUUACAAUGGAUUCUCUAAAGUCUUUGUCUAUAUAAAUAUGACAUCUGUUUGCUCUUACGGACAGUUUUGUUCUGUUUUCCUGCAUUUUUUUCUGGUAUAUGGGUCAUAUUUUCAUUUUUUUUUGCGCAUCUCAUAAUUCCUGUUGCGGUUAGAAACUGAAUGUUUUAGGAUAUGUUGUAGCAACUCUGGGUCCUGGUCCCCACCUUCAGAAUUUGUUAUUGUUAUUUGCUUGUGUAUCUGUUUGGUGACUAUUAGGAUAAUAAUGAACAUAAAUCAGAUCUCCACUUUUUACGUCUGUGACACCAGCUACAACAUGCAGCCCUUCUUUCUCUGACCAUAGUCACCCGGAGCAAGCUCAGAUGUCACAAGUUAAAAGGGCACCAUCCUUCAGAUUGCCGGAUAGAAGAUAGCCUUCCUUCUGGGGGCUGGAAAGAGAGACCUGUGAUCUUGAAACUGCCAGUCUAGAGUAGAUCUCUGUCUUGCUGAUGUGGGAGUGGAGAAAGAGAGCACAGAUCUUGGUUUGAACACCACGGACUCUCUCAGUUCUUUCCAAGUUUUGUUUUGCUGGACAGCAGGUCCACAGAGCACGUCACGCUGUCAUGCCAGAAGUAGAAUUCCCUGACCAACUCUUUGCAGUUUUACCCAUGGACCACGAAAUGGUGACAUUCAGGGAUGUGGUCAUCAGCUUCUCUCAGGAGGAGUGGGAAUAUCUGGAUUCUUCUCAGAAGGAUUUGUACUGGGAUGUCAUGAUGGAGAACUACAGCAACUUGGUCUCACUGGAUUUGGAGUCAGGACAUGAAACAAAGAGUUUAGGUAUAGAAAAAGACAUUAUUGAGAACAGUGAUUCUCAGUGGGACAUGAUGGAAAGUAGUAAGUCCAUUGGCCUUGAGAGCUUCAUUUUCAGAAAUGACUGGCAGAGCAAGAGCAAUAUUGAAGUACAAGGACCUGAAGUGGGAUAUUUCGGUAAAAUGAAAAUCAUCUCUGAAAAAGUGCCCAAUUACAAGAAUCAUAAAUGUCUUAGACUAUUACAUCAGAGAAUUCACCACAACAAGGAGCCCUAUGAAUAUAAGGAAUAUGGAAACAUCUUUAGUUGUGAUUCAAACGUUGAAGAAUAUGAAAGAAUACAUGCAGGUGAGAAAAUAUAUGAAUGUAAUGAAUGUUGGAACUCCUUUGGUGUGGAUGUCCCAUAUCCUGUACAACUGAAUUUCCAUACUGGUGUGAAACCUUUUAAGUGUAUUGAAUAUGAGAAUAUAUUGAAUUUUUAUGAAGACGUUAGUGAACACCAGAAAAUUCAUAAUAAUGAGAAGUACCAUAAAUAUAAGAAAUACAGAAGGACUUUUAAAGUAGUUGGAAAAAUGACUUCACUUCAGAAGAUUCAUACUAGUGGGAAACCCUAUGAAUGCAUGGUCUGUGGGAAAUCCUUUAGGAUGCAUGCACAGCUUACUCGACAUCAAAAAAUCCAUAGUGAUGACAAGCCCUACAAAUGUUUGGAAUGUGGCAAGGACUUCAGAUUUCAAUCACAGCUUACUGAACAUCAGAGAAUUCAUACUGGUGAGAAACCCUACAAAUGUAUGGAAUGCGAAAAGGUCUUUAGAAUUAGUUCACAGCUUAUUGAACAUCAGAGAAUUCAUACUGGUGAGAAACCUUAUACGUGUAGGGAAUGUGGGAAGGCUUUCGGAGUCUGUAGAGAACUUGCUCGACACCAGAGAAUCCAUACCGGUAAGAAACCCUAUAAAUGCAAGACAUGUGGAAAGGUCUUUAGAAAUAGUUCAUCCCUGACUAGACAUCAGAGAAUUCAUACUGGUGAAAAACCAUAUAAAUGUAAGGAUUGUGGGAAAGCUUUUGGGGUAGGAAGUGAACUUACCCGACAUCAGAGAAUCCAUAGUGGUCAGAAACCUUAUGAAUGUAAGGAGUGUGGAAAGUUCUUUAGACUUACUUCAGCCCUUAUUCAACAUCAGAGAAUUCAUAGUGGGGAGAAACCCUAUGAAUGUAAGGCAUGUGGGAAAGCGUUUAGACACAGUUCAGCCCUUACUGAACAUCAGAGAAUUCAUACUGGAGAGAAACCUUAUGAAUGUAAGGCAUGUGGGAAGGCCUUUAGACAUAGUUCAUCCUUUACAAAGCAUCAGAGAAUUCACACUGGUGAGAAACCCUAUGAAUGUAAAGAAUGUGGGAAGACCUUGCGCUUGGGUAGGCACAUUACUUGACAUCAGAAAAGUCAUACUGAUGAGAAGUCAUUUGAAUGAAAAAAAAAGGAGUGUAUAAAAGCCCUUCGUUUCUUGUUUUUCACUGGAAAAACUUGUGCACUCAAGAAGUAAUCCAGGGGAUUCAGUCUCUCUCUCUUUUUAAAAAUGUUUCCACACUUUAUGGCCACUCUGUACUUAAAGACAGAUUUGCUUAGUCAUAGUGGUACAUACUUUCAGCUUUGUCAGAUAACUGCCGAGUAUUUCUCCUUUUUAUAUCAAUUUAAGUGCUUAAUGUUCAUUGACACACGAGGGUCCCUGUUAGUCGAUUUCAGAAAUGUGUGGAAUGUGUAUUUCCCUAAUUAUUAGUGACUUGAGCAUCUUUUCAUAUGUUUCUUGUCCAGGCAUAUUUUGUUUAUAGUGACUUAUUGUUUGUGCUUUUGCCCUAUUUUCUGUUUGUUGUUUUUGGCUUGUUGAUUUGUAAUAUUACUCAAAUACAUUUUUUUUUGCAUCCUAAUUCUUUACUUGUUUACGACAUGCUUGUCUCACUCCAGAGAACCCUAGUUAGAACUGCCAUCUACAUACAAUGUGGUUUAAAAGUUCUGUGGCUCUGCAGAUUUUUGUUUUCUGUUGUUUUUGUUUUAAUGAUAGCUGUGUAAUCGCCUUUCUGUUUUCAUCAAAUGGUUGAAUUCUUUUUGAAUUUCUACUUUGUUUUUGACACAAGUUGCCUCUAAAUACCUACAGCACAAUUCCUUUAAGCAGCCUUUUCACCUCCGAUUAUUACCAACCAGGAUCCAAAUGAAAGAAGCACUUUAAAAUGUUUGAUAAAAAUUACUAACCGAAUCUGUCAGUUUCUUAAAUUUGUAAAACACCUUUAAAAAGAGAAAAGAAGUGCACAUGUAGUUACCAUAAAUUGAUCGCUGAACUUACAUAAAGAGGGUUUACAACCGUACUAUUACCAUGGCUUCAGUUGAGGUUUCUGUCUUUUCUUACUAUGGUUUAUUUUUUUUUUCUCUGUCAGAGUUGCCUUAAUUGGGUUUGGGCAGUUAAACAAUAGACUUUCUUUGGUUUGAGUAUUCUCACCAGACUCCACUGAAAAAAAACAAGACAAUCACAAAGAGAUGAUGUUGCAAAUCUUAGUUUUCCAUCGUCCCUCUUAGGACUGUAGACCUGGUUAUGCAAUCAGUGUGACCACGAGCCACUGGUUAUUAGAUAUUUUUAUGGGAAAAUUUACCCGUUAUAGUUGGGUACAUAUAUGUCACCAUCAUUUAAUCUUGGAAAUGAGUGACUUUCCCAGAGUUUGUAUACUCAUUACAAUUUUGCAUGAUCAGCAAUAGUAACUAAGGUAUUCUUUUAUCGGAUAUGUUGAGUUGUCUUCUAAGUAUUCCUUAUUAGUAUUUUAUCGAAAUAAGCUGUUUUUUAAAUUAUCCAACUUACUGCUAUUUUAGGGGAUGCUGGUGGCUCAGUGGUUAAGCAUCUGUCUGCUAACCAAAAGCUCGGUCGGCACCCCUGAGCUACCCCACAGGAGGAAGACGUGGCGGUCUGCUCCGGUAAAGGUCACAGCCGCGGAAACCCCGGGGGGCAGUCCGACUCUGUCCUGUAGGGUUGCUGACAGUCAGAGUCGGCUUGACAGCAGUGGGCGUGCUUUGGGUCUUUGUAGCUAUUUCAUGUCCUGAGCUGUAAGUCAGUGAGUGUUACUACUCUGUUUACCGGAAUAUUUGCGUAUUUCGUAUCUUUGGAAGAGGGGAACACUAUUUCCUGUGAUUUUCUGUGACCACUGCCACUGACUUAAUCUUGUUCCCAGUCUUCUGGUUAUUCUGAGUUACUGUCAGUGCUGCUUAAUUUCCCUCUUCUUGGUGUAACACUCCUUGUUCUAUACUUCCUUGUGUUGUUUUUUUCUUUCCAGCUUAAACAAAUUAACACAAAAGCCUAUCUAAACUUUACGUAAAAAACUUUAUAUAAAAACAUAAAAUUAAUGACAUUAUACAAAAUAACCAUGAGUUUUGUCACUUUUUUAAAUCAUUAAUGAAUAAAAUAUAUCCUUAUCGUGGUCUCCCUUAUUUGUAUUCAUUUUUGUCACGUUACAUUAAUGUUUUUCAUUUGAGUUUUUUUUAUGACCUCAGGGCUUUUAACAGACUGUGCUACUCCAAUAAGCCAUCGAAUUGUUGUUUUAUUAUUGUUAUUUUUACUACUGUUUGGUGCUCAGGUUGAUAAAAUGUCAUCAUUCUUUUCCAUUUUCUUCUGCCCCUUUAUCCUUUCUGCAUUUUGCUUGGCCUAUUUGGGAGCUUUGUAUUUGUGUUUUUUUCCAAAUAGAGGAGGAUAUUUAUUGCUGCCCUGACCUAUGGAAUAAGCUACCCCCUAUAAAGGAAUCUUGGAGCCCUGGUUAAGAGCUCAGCUGCUAACCAACAGGUCAGCAGUUUGAAUUCACCACCCGCUCCUUGGAAACCCUAUCGGGCAGCUCUACUCUGUCCAGUAGGUUCACUGUGAGUCAGAAUCGACUUGAUGGCAACAGGUUUGUUUUUUCCUUUUAAAGGAAUCUUGGUUCCAUUUAAUGGCAAAUAGUAUUAAAGAGUAAAAUAUGAGUGAUAGAGGUGCACAGAGACUGUGGUAUACAAAAAUACUGCUUGUUGAAAUACCUUUAAAUUAAUGGCAGAACUGACAAAGUAUUUUCAAGACCUUAUUUUUGCAUUGAUUUUUUGAAAAAUCAACUUUGAGAUGUGAUUUACAUGCAAUAAAACACACCUAACAUAAUUAUGAAGUUUUAGUUUUAAUGAAUUAUGCAUCUGUGUAAUCAACUUCCCAGUCAAGAUAGUGACAUUUCCGUAUCCUCAGAUAGUCCUACAUGCUCCUUUUCCGUUAUCUCCACUUGCCCCAGGCAGCCACUGAUCUCCUUUCUAUCAGUAUAAUUUAUUUUACAUUUCCUAGAAUUUCAUACAAAUGGGAACACACAGCAUGUAAUAUUUUGUAUUUGGAUUCUUUUACCAACAUAUUUUUGAGAUUUACAAAUGUUUUAUUUUUAGGUAUUACUUUGUUCUCUUCAUUAUGGGAUAAUAUUAUAUAGAUAAAAAAAAUGAUAAGCCACAAUUUUUUUAAUGCGUUUAUAUCUUGAUGGACAUUUGAUUUGUUUCAUGUUUUUUGGUAUUAUGGGUAAAACUGCCAUGAAUAAUCAUGCGUAGGUCUUUUCAUGGAUGUUGUUAUUGUUGUUCUGAAGUGCCGUCGAGUUGGUUCCGACUCAUAGCGAACCUAUACACAACAGAACGAAACACUGCCUGGUCCUACGACAUCCUUAGAAUCGUUGUUAUGCUUGAGUUCACUAUUGCAGCCACUGUAUCAAUCCACCUUGUUGAGGGUCUUCCUCUUGUCCGCUGACCCUGUACUCUGCCAAGCAUGAUGUCCUUCUCCAGGGAUUGAUUCUUCCUGACAACAUGUCCAAAGUAUGUAAGACCCAGUCUCACCAUCCUUGCUUCUGAGGAGCAUCCUGGCUGUACUUCUUCUAAGACAGAUUUGUUAGUUCUUUUGGCAGUCCAUGGUAUAUUCCAUAUUCUUUGCCAACACCACAAUUCAAAGGCGUCAAUGCUUCUUCAUUCUUCCUUGUUCAUUGUCAAGCUUUCAUACGUAUAUGGUGCGAUUGAAAAUACCAUGGCUUGGAUAAGGUGCACCUUAGUCUUCAAGGUGACAUCUUUGCUCUUCACCACUUUAAAGAGAUCCUUUGCAGCAGAUUUACCCAGUGCAAUACAUCUUUUGAUUUCAUGACUGCUGCUUCCAUGGCUGUUAAUUGUGGAUCCAAGUAAAAUGAAACCCUUGACAACUUCAAUCUUUUCUCCGUUUAGCAUGAUGUCGUUCAUUGCUCCAGUUGUGAGGAUUUUUGUUUUCUUCAUGUUGAGAUGCAGUCUAUACUGAAGGCUGUGGUCUUUGAUCUUCAUUAGUAAGUGCUUCAAGUACUCUUCACUUUCAGCAAGCAUGGUUUUAUCAUCUGCAUAAUGCAGGUUGUUAACAAGUCUUCCUCCAAUCCUGAUGCCCCGUUCUUCAUAUAGUCCAGCUUCUCGGAUUAUUUGCUCAGCAUACAGAUUGAAUAGGUAUGGUGAAAGGAUACAACCCUGACGCACACCUUUCCUGACUUUAAAACAAUCAGUAUCCUCUUGUUCUGUCCGAACAACUACCUCUUGAUUUAUGUAAAGGUUCCUCAUGAGCACAGUUUAGUGUUCUGGAAUUCCCAUUCUUUGCAAUGUUAUCCGUGAUUUGUUAUGAUCCACACAGUCGAAUGCCUUUGCGUAGUCCGUAAAACACAGGUAAACAUCCUUCUGGUAUUCUCUGCUUUCAGCCAGGAUCCCUCAGACAUCAGCAAUGAUAUCCCUGGCUCCAUGUCCUCUUCUGAAACUGGCCUGAAUUUCUGACAGUUCCCUGUCAAUAUACUACUGCAGCCGUUUUUGAAUGAUCUUAAGCAAAAUUUUGCUUCUGUGCGAUAUUAAUGAUAUUGUUCUAUAAUUUCCACAUUUUGCAUCACCUUUCUUGGGAAUAGGCAUAAAUAUGGAUCUCUUCCAGUCAGUUGGCCAGGAAGCUGUCUUCCAUAUUUCUUGU